CUCGACCGAGCCCCUCCAGGAGCAGGGUAUUUGACUUGUACACUUCAGGUUGAUCGGCUUCGCGUCACCACCUCUAGCUGUGCUGAGAAGGAGAGAUGGAUGCCGCAGGCAGGGUAGGGGAGGAGGAGGUGGUUGGAAGAGGAGGGGAAAAGGAGGAGAAGAAUGAGGUGGUGGAGGAGGCGGUGUCCUUCUACCCUGGGGAGAUCGAGUACGUGAGCUACCAAGGGGAGCACCAUCUCCCGCUCAUCAUGGGCCUCGUCGACGAGGAGCUCAGCGAGCCCUACUCCAUCUUCACGUACCGUUACUUCGUCUACCUUUGGCCCCAACUCUGCUUCCUCGCAUUUCACAAGGGAAGGUGCAUAGGAACGGUAGUCUGCAAGAUGGGCGAACAUAGGAACACUUUCAGAGGUUACAUUGCUAUGCUCGUCGUCAUCAAACCCUACAGGGGGAAGGGGAUUGCAACAGAGCUUGUAAGCAGAUCAAUUCAAGUGAUGAUGGUAUCAGGAUGUGAAGAGGUGACAUUGGAAGCAGAAGUUACUAACAAAGGUGCCUUGGCUUUAUACGGUCGUCUGGGCUUCAUUCGUGCAAAGCGGCUCUAUAAAUACUAUCUGAAUGGUGUCGAUGCAUUCCGCCUGAAGCUGCUGUUUCCGCGGCCUGACAUGAACCCCUUGCUACUGCUAAACGAGGAUGAGUACUGUGGAGAAACUGUGCAGCACUGCACGCAAGGCCAUGACCACCAUCAUCAUCUGCAUUGAAGAUGUACUCGUCAUUAUGUAUCCAUAGCUGUAUGUCAGCCUCAGUGAAUGCCACGCCAAAAGUAUGUUUAUUUCUUACCCAGAUCGCUUGAGGGUUUAGAGCUAGAGUUCCCUUUCAUUUUGUAAAGGAUAAAGUAUGCAAAUAUUACUUCGUACCCGCCUGUAGGUCAAAAGGAGCGAACACUUGUAAUCAUCCUUGUGUUGUAUGCUUUGGAGCAAAUAUUUAUGCACAACCCUUUUCGGGUUUUUUUUU